UCACCCCCGGCCUCCCCGUUCUCCGCGCCGAGGAAUAACGGAUAACAAACGCUUGGAUUGUCGCCUACCGCGACGCCGCGAACCAAUGGCCGCCUCCUCGCUCCUCCCCUCCACCACCACCUCCCCGCGCCGCCGCCUCCCCUUCCCCCCCACCCGCAAACCCCACUCCGCCGCCGCCGCCGCAGCCAAGCCCCCGACGACGCUGACCACCAAGCCACUCCGCCUCGCGCGCCCGCUCGCCUCCUCAUCCUCCUCCCCGCCUCCGCCGCCGCCGCCCGAGGAGGCCGAGCCGAAGGACCCCAUCGCGCUCGCCUUCGCCCGCGCCGCCGCCUACAAGAAGGAGAGGGACAGCCCCCCGCCCCCUCCGCCGCCGCCUACCCCUGCGCCGCCGCCGCAGCCCCCGGCGGCUACGGAGGAGGACUCGAGGUCCAGCAAGGAGUCCUUCGCGCGGGCGGUGGAGUACAGGAACGGCAACGGGGGAGGGCUGGGCAGCGGCGGCGGCUCCCCGCUGCUCGGGGCAUCGCCUAGAUUUGGUCAAAGUACAUUUUCUACUGAAGAUGGUGCAUUUGGUAAAUUCACAAAUAAGAAAGAAGAGUAUGAGUACGAUGAGACUGACUUUUUGGGCCUAGACUUUUUCGAGAAAAAGAGUUAUAAGGGGCCUCCACCAGGUUUAGCUCCAGCAGCUGAUCCUUUUCCAGAUAAAGAUUUUCCUGAAGUGGAGAUAAUAAUAGGGGACCCUAGUAAAUUUGGGAAGACUCAUCGUUCGACAGAGGUUCAACCAGCAGAUGAUAGUGAGCCUGAGGAAACCUCACGCUCAACAACAGAAGAAAAGAAGGAAGAAAACAAGCCUGAUGAAACACCACCUUCAACUGUUACUGAGCCAGAAGAGGAUGAAGACGAGUACAAACCGACAGUUAGAUCAUGGGGAAUGUUUCCACGGCCACAAAAUAUUUCUAAGGCGUAUGGUGGCGGAAGAAAUAUACGCCUUGGUGGAGAGACUCGAAGUGCUGAAGAGAAGGCAGCCAAGGAUAAACGUACCAAAGAGCUAAUAGCUGCAUAUAGGAAUAGUCAGAACAUGAUAGUUGAUGCAAAGACAAAGGCAGAGUGCACUGAGGCCUUGAAGGAAGGUGAUGAGCUGAUGAAUACUGGAAGACUUAAACAAGCAUUGCCUUAUUAUGAAAAAGUGAUGCAGGCUGUGGACUUCAAGACUGAACUUCAUGGAAUGGCUGCUUUGCAGUGGUCCAUCUGUCUAGAUUCACUCUGCAGGUCCAAGGAAGCCAUGAGCAUGUACAGCAAACUCAAAAAUCAUCCAAAUUCUGAAAUCAGUAAGAAAGCAAACAUGUUCAUGUUCAGCUUUCAGGCGAUGGACUUCAUGAAGGUGAACAGCUCCCCUUUGCCCCGUAACACGGGCUACGAGAAGUACUUCGACAAGUUUGGGGGCCAGAAGAACUACUACGCUGCCCUAGACGAACCUGAGAUGGGCAUCGAUCAGAUCAUCCCGUACAUGCUCUUCCUUGUUUCCCCAAUAUUCUUGGUUGCUUUUGUUGCUUUGAGAAAAUCCUUCCAGUUAUAAAAGUCAGGAAGCAUAUGCUUGAAUGCUUCAAUCUUUGCUCCACUGACGAAUUGAUUAGUAUGUUCCUCGAAACAAAAGGCUGAAGAAUUGAUAUUUGACUAGUAUGCAGAUAUAUUGACUUGAUUAGUAUGUAGAUAAAAAUCAAAACUUAUUUAAUAGUAUUGUCUUUUGGGCCGGCGUAAGCCAGCUGUUAGGCAGGCUAGUCUGAGAGCCUGUCUUCAGCUGGGCUAGGCCCAUGUCAAAGAUAAAACCGUUUACCAAAUUUCUAAAGUAUUUGGAGGUA